AUGAAAAUGCUGUUCGGUGCUUUAGCUUUGUUAUUCUUAGCUCCGAUUUUGGCGAGAUCUUUGAAUCCUUCUUUGAAUGAUGAUGUUCUGGGGUUGAUUGUGUUCAAAGCUGACAUUCAAGAUCCAGAAGGAAGAUUGGUGUCUUGGAAUGAAGAGGAUGAUAGUCCUUGUAAUUGGAAUGGAGUCAAAUGCAAUCCAAGAUCCAACAGGGUCUUCGAUGUUGUCCUCGAUGGGUUCUCACUAUCAGGAAAAAUAGGCCGAGGUCUCCUCCAACUGCACUUUCUCCGAAAGCUUUCGCUUGCUAAGAACAAUCUUACAGGAAGCAUAAGCCUCAGUCUUGCACAACUCACAAACCUAAGGGUCAUAGACUUGAGUGAGAACAGCCUAUCUGGAACUGUCCCGGAUGACUUUUUCACACAAUGUGGGUCAUUAAGGUCUAUAUCUUUGGCCAAUAACAAGUUUUCAGGCCAAAUUCCUGAGAAUUUGAGCUCAUGUACAACCCUUGCUUCAGUUAACUUUUCCUCCAAUCAGUUUUCAGGUUUGUUGCCUUCUGGGAUCUGGUCUUCACAUGGUCUUAGAUCGCUUGAUUUGUCUGAUAAUUUGCUAGGGGGUGAGAUGCCCAAGGGUCUUGAAGAUUCAAACAACUUGAGAACAAUAAACUUGAGGAAAAACCAGUUUACGGGUCAGAUUCCGGAUGGGAUUGGAGGGUGUUUGCUGUUGAGAUCAGUUGAUUUGAGUGAGAAUUUACUUUCUGGGGGCCUUCCCAAUACCAUGCAGAAGCUUACAUUGUGUAAUGAUCUAAAUUUGCGAAAAAAUUCGUUUAUGGGUGAAGUUCCUCAAUGGAUUGGAGAAAUGAGAAGCCUAGAGACUCUGGAUCUUUCUGAAAACAGCUUCUCCGGCCAGUUUCCAAAUUCAAUUGGGAAGCUUCAGUCCUUGAAGGUACUAAACAUUUCCAUGAAUGCUUUUACUGGAAGCUUGCCAGAAUCUAUGAUCAAUUGCGAAAACCUACUCGCUUUGGAUGCAAGUCAGAAUUUGUUGACUGGUAAUGUUCCUUCUUGGCUAUUUAAAUUGGGUUUACAGAAAGUUCUGUUUUCAGAGAAUAGACUAAGUGGGGGACUAGAUGGGGCUUUUGCUUCAUCAAUCGAAAACUCUCUUAUAAAGCUUCAAGUUUUGGAUAUAUCCCACAAUGCGCUAUCUGGUGAAAUUCCAUCUUCUGUUGGGGAUUUUAGCAGCUUGCAAUUCUUAAAUUUGUCUAGGAAUUCACUAACAGGUGGUAUCCCAUCAAGUAUUGGAGAAUUGAAGGCCUUGGAUAUUCUGGAUUUAAGUGAGAAUCGGUUGCUUGAGAGCAUUCCUUUGGAAAUUGGGGGAGCUACAUCUCUGAAGGAAUUGAGACUACACAAGAACUCAUUAGGGGGGAAAAUUCCAACUUCAAUUGAGAACUGUUCUUCAUUAACAUCUCUGAUUAUGUCAUGGAACAACCUAACUGGCCCAAUGCCAGCAGCCUUAGCAAAACUGACCUACCUUCAAAAUUUAGACUUUUCUUUUAACGAACUCAGUGGGACCUUACCAAAGCAGCUGGCAAAUCUUGCCCACCUCCUCUCCUUUAACAUUUCGCACAAUCAGCUACAAGGUGAACUACCAGCUGGUGGUUUCUUCAACACCAUUUCUCCCUCAUCUGUCUCAGGCAAUCCGUCUCUUUGUGGCGCUGCAGUCGAUAAGAGUUGCCCUACCGUCCUUCCCAAACCAAUUGUCCUUAAUCCUAACUCUACUGAUUCCACUCCAGGCUCCAUCCCCCAAAGUCUCGGCCAUGAGAAAAAAAUCCUUAGCAUAUCUGCUCUCAUUGCCAUCGGUGCAGCUGCCGUGAUUGUCAUUGGUGUGAUUGCCAUCACUGUUCUCAACCUUCGUGUCCGGUCUUCCACAUCCCGUUCGGCAGUUGCUCUUACACUAUCUGGUGGUGAUGAUUUUAGCCAUUCCCCCAGUACAGAUGCCAAAUCUGGCAAGCUUGUAAUGUUCUCUGCCGAACAUGACUUCAGCACAGGAACACAUGCCCUGCUUAACAAGGAUUGUGAGCUUGGUCGUGGUGGAUUUGGAGCAGUCUACCGGACUAUUCUCAAAGACGGGCGACCUGUUGCGAUCAAGAAGCUCACUGUCUCAAGUCUUGUCAAGUCCCAGGACGACUUCGAGAGGGAAGUCAAGAAAUUGGGAAAACUUCGCCAUCAUAAUCUUGUGUCACUCGAAGGGUAUUACUGGACCUCUUCACUACAGCUCCUCAUAUGUGAAUUUGUGUCUGGUGGAAACUUGUGUAAACAUCUCCAUGAUCAAUCUGGUGGAAACUCCCUAUCGUGGAAAGAGCGGUUUAGUGUUAUUCUUGGGAUAGCCAAGGGUUUGGCUCACUUGCAUCAAAUGAACAUAAUCCACUACAAUCUAAAAUCAAGCAAUAUCCUGAUUGACAGUUCAGGGGAACCCAAAGUUGGAGAUUUUGGCCUAGCAAGGCUGUUGCCAAUGCUUGAUCGUUAUGUUUUAAGUAGCAAGAUUCAGAGUGCACUUGGCUACAUGGCUCCUGAAUUUGCAUGCCGAACAGUGAAGAUAACUGAGAAAUGUGAUGUUUACGGGUUUGGGGUUUUGGUUAUGGAGAUUGUUACAGGAAGGAGGCCUGUUGAGUACAUGGAGGAUGACGUGGUGGUGCUGUGUGACAUGGUCAGAGGAGCACUGGAAGAAGGAAAGGUGGAGGAAUGUGUCGAUAGUAGGCUGCAGGGCAAGUUUCCAGCAGACGAGGCGAUACCAGUAAUGAAGUUGGGUUUAAUCUGCACAUCACAGGUGCCUUCAAACCGGCCAGACAUGGUGGAGGUAAUUAACAUAUUGGAACUCAUCAGAUGCCCUUUAGAAGGGCAUGAGGAAUUGGUAUGACUUUAACAAAAACAUCUAGAGAUUGUGAAAAAUGGAUUAGCAGUGGCUCAUCCGGCGAAGAAGAAUCCGGUUGGUUAAUUAGGUUCUAGAGAGAAAUGAGAUUUGAUUGUUGGAAUUUUUCUUGUCUUUUCUUUUUGUCACCCUUGUUCUUUUGUUUCAUCUUUUGUUUAGAUCAUGUUUGCAAUGUCUUAUGUGUUCAAGGUUAAUUACCGGAUUCUUUUUCACCGGGUUCCAGUUUGGGACCCUUUUUGGAUAUUAUUUCCCAUCUCUUGGUCCUUAUCUACCUCUAUUUCUUCAUAUUGCUUUGUUCCUGACUAAUAAUUGAUGCUAGUUUUGACUUCUGAUUGAAAAUCAUGUUUUUUU